AAUGCUGUGUUCUCGGUAGUCAGGCUUUCAGUUCAAUUUUAUGUUGCUUCCUUGAAGUUCCUUCUCGUAGUUGGGUGUCUUGAUAAGUUGUCUGGAGCAGAAACGCUAAUUGUCCAAACCCGAUCCUGUCUGGCGCUUCCUUUAUCCCGCAUAUCAGUCCAUGCCUCCAUGACAGUCGGAAGCUGUGUCACACAAGAGCGUCCUGGAAGGAAGCCAUGCUGUUCAUCACACAGUAACUCAUUUUCCAUCAGGAAAUCCCAAAGGAUGUUGCCUUAGCUGUUGUUGGAACAAUGGCAUCUACCUGUAGCAGUGGUGAAACUUCUUCAGACCCAGCAGGUGACCUAUCUACUUUGAUUUGUAAAGGUUCGGUGGAUGAAGAAGUGUUGAAGCAGUAUGCUGAAAAGGGUCAAAUUGAUUUACCAGACAAAGAUGGUAAAACACCACUGAUGUUAGCAUGCUGGUAUGCUCGUACAGACACUGUACAGUCCUUAUUAGCAAAUGGGGCUAACCCCAACUCUAGGAGUGUAAAGGAUGGCGACACCCCAAUGCAUUUUGCUUGCAUGGUAGAAGAACCCUUAGCGGAGGAUUCUUUAUCUGGUAGCUAUUAUCGCCCAUCUAAGUGGAUGGCCGCCAAGCUUGCUAUUAUCAAGCUGCUUGUAAGUAAUGGAGCACUAGCUGUUCAAGAAAACCUGAAUGGAUGGAGCCCAGUAUAUGUAGCUGCAUUAUACCUCCUGACGGACAUUGUUGAGUUCCUCUUAUCGAUGGACGAUAUUUCUUUGGAGGUCAAGAUGACAGCCACUGAAAUACUGGGAGUUUCACAGGCUACUUUGGAUGAGCGUCACUGUUUUAAAGAGGCAUAUCCUUCUUUCACAAGGGCCAUAUCCUUUCAGCAAGAUUCCAGUCUUCCAGAAGCACAAACAGAGACUUCAGAACUUGCAGCGUGUUUCUCCAAAAUCUCCCUGAAGGAAUGCCACACACAAGAGGAAAUCUUUUUGAUCAGGGCAUCUGAAGUUGCUAUGAAGGCCCAUGCUUUUUUGGUGGGGGAAAGACUGUUUCCCAAUAAUCUGAAGCAGAAGUAUCUGUAUCCAUCCCUUGUUAGCUUUGCAAGUGAUUGGAUGAUUGAAAAGAAAAUGUUUGAAGAAGGCUUUCAAGUAUUGUCUUUUGCCCUCGGUCGAGAGCAUGAAGGUGAAUUAAAGUUAGGAUCAGUAGCAGUAAACCUUGCUGAAAAAAGUGGAUCAUUUAUAUUGGAGGACAAAGAACCAAAUGCGCAGUACAAUGAAUGGGCAAGGGAUUUGUUGUGUGCAUACAAAUCAAUUCUUAGUCACGUACCAAUGGACUCUCUACUAGAUAAUAAGGAAUCUCUCAUAGAAAGCUUUGGUGAAAUACUGUUUAAUGUGGCAUUCUAUUGCUCAAACAUUGAGAUCUUAAAAUCCACAUUGCAAGCCAUAGGGAAGUCACUGACAGUCAUCCAAUGUAGAAUCCUUAGGGAAAACUCUGACCAGUAUCCUGAGAUGCCUUCAGUGGCCUUUAAAAUCAUGGAACUUCUGGGAGAAGCAUAUGGUGACAACAUUUAUUGCGGAAUGUCUUCCAGGGCCCUUCUUAGAGUAAAGUUUACAAUAUCCAAGAUCUUGUUCUGUGAUAAUGCUUCGUAUGUGGACAGCAGUGGAAGCAACAUACUCCACUUAGUGGCGCACUGUGUCCAAGCAGCUAGAGACCAUGACUAUCUUGCGGAUCUUACCAGAAUCUUUGUUCGUCACGGAUGUCCGGUAGAUGUGGUGAAUAACGAUGAAGAAACUGCCUGCAGUAUCUUGGAACAGCAUGCAAUGGAUGACGAGUAUGAGUGUGAUCCAGAAUUUCUUAUGUUGGUGAGCCCACCAACUGCAGUACUACGCCUAGAGGAAGGAGCCAUCAGAGCCGUCUUACGACACCACAUCAACUACCAGGGUAUACUUCCUUCAAGUUUAUGUAUGAUGAUAGAAGAUGGAGUCAAGGAGAGUGAAAUCGAAAGAGAUAGUGAAGGCUCGGAAAUUGAGAGUGAUGACGAGAAAUGAUUCCAGUUCAUGUCACAUGAAUUCUUAGAAUAUGCAUUUUGCCUUUUGAACGAACUAUGCAAUUCUUGUGUACUAAGUGAAAUACUUGCCAAAAUUUCCAUGACCUGUAAGAUAAGUGUUCAAUUUUGAUGAUCAUGUUGCUUUGUUUUCUCUUUCUGCUCUGGAAGAUCCAGAAAUUUCCGGGAAAAUGGUAGUUGAUGGUCAGAGGUGACAGUGUUUUAAUGAUGAUGAGGAGGAGGAGGCUUUAUGUUGGGGCUUGACAUUAUUGUGAAUUUGGGAAUAAUAACAUGAUGUGUUAACCUGUUAUUGGAUAUGUAAGCAAUGGUAUUGGCAGGCAGUGUACAUGUACUACACGGCUGAACAAGCUGAACAAAGAGCAGUGCCUUUUGCAACUUUUCCCCAUUGACCUUGCCCCUUAUUUUGAUAUGCACAUUUCAUUAGUGAAAAUUAUACAUAAAGGGGUAUCUUUAAAAAAGGAACAAGCACACUUCCUAAUGAUACUAAACAAUAACAUAUAUAUAUGUCAUCUUUAUUUCGGAAGAAAGUAAAAGAAGUUACACUUAAAUUACCCAGGCCCUCUGCAUAAAGAAAAGACAAAUGUUCCGUCAUCGACUGGCAAGAGGCAUGGUCACAAAUACAGUAACGUCAUACAGUAACAGACACAGUAACAAAUGCCAUUCCAAAACAGGAACAGCUCGAGACAAACAGACAAAGCCAAAAUCAAAACAAAUAAAUGAAAAUACUAACAAUAACGUGUCAAAUUGUAUACUGGAAUUUAAGUAUCUUCAAUUGAUCAUUUUAUUGAUGUUUAGGUCUUUGUGAAAGUGAUUUGAUUCCAUCAUUAAAAACAUGAGCAGUAUUAUAGAUAUUAGGGAUUCCGGAUGAUUGUUUAAAGGGAAAAUAGAUUCUUUCAUCAAAACAAUAUGAUCUUUUAUUCAAUAUUUAACAUGAGAAAUGUAACUUGAGUUUACGAACUUGUUUUAGCACUUUCCAUGUGCAGCGCUUUUGUUCCCAUGAUACUGCUCAUUAGUUUUUAAGUGUCAUUUUAUAACUACUGCCUUUGGUAUUGGGAUAUUUGCUUUUGUUAUGUUUGUAUUAUCCUAGUAUUGUCUUUUUAUAGCAAUCAUAUUGGGAUGUUUCCAUUUCAUUGAACAAUCAGAGUUGAUUUGCCUUAGUCGGCAGAUCAAAGGGGGGAGGGGGGUGAAUACCUCUCCCUCUCAACCAAGUAAAAUUUAAACAGGGCUGAAUAAAUUUCAAGCCAAAAAAUCUAGAGAAAAGUUUCCUGCAUAUUUUGCCCCUUUUAGGGUGUAGAGCCUCCUUUAGACUUAAAACUCGUGUGGUGGGCCAGUUAAUGAGUUGGAGAUGACAAGUUCAAAUAUAAAUGAAAACAAAAGAAUCUCGGAAUUACAGUUGAAGUCCACUUUAUUAAUUAUAUAAAUCAGCCGAAGCUCCAAUCGUUACAAACGAAGAGUAAUUAUUGUAUAAACAUUUUAAAUAAGCUGCUUCUCUCAGAGGCUGGGCGGCCAUAUUGACAGUUAACUAGCAGCACAUCCUAAACAAGAUAACGGAAUGAAAUAAACUCUCAAAUAAUAUCAACUCUCAAAUAAUAUGACUACUAAACCCGCACAUGGCAUUUAAAUACUGCGACACCCGACGAGGCUUAAAUAUCACCAGCCAACCAGGAGGACCCUUACGAAGACAACCAAUAACAAGACGGGAUAUAUCUAACUACCCUUAGGUCAUCCGACCAAUUAAGAGAGGAUUUAUACCUUUAAUGAAUUAUAACCAAUAACAAAGCAUAAUAGAUAAGAGUGAUUUGAACUAGUUACCUACAAAAAUGGGAGGAGUCUAUCGCUUCGCGAGAAUGUCGCGUCACCGGAAAAACAGUCUAUUGUCUAACUCUAACGUGUUAUUGGAAAUGAACACCUGUACAUCUUGAUGCAGGAAUUCAUUUCCAACAUGCUUAUCGAAAUGAAAAUUAAUGAACACUUUAAUCUUAUACAAGAAUUCAAAACCAGGGGUUGUUUAUCCGUUCCCGGCAUACUAUUGGAAACAUAAUUAAUGCUAUUUAACUUUUAGGUGUAUACCAAGUCAAACUAAUAAUCGUACAAUUAAUCAACUCAGCCCGGCUCUUCUAUGGCUCUAGCGCCCCCUUUUGCCCAAAUGAGCAUACCACUACACUCGCUUCUACCCCCCCCCCAUUUCAAUUCAAUUCAAUUCGUUUUAUGCAACCAUUUAAAAACAUAAUAUACAAAUUAUGCGUGUAUGAACAUUAUUGAUACAGUGUAAAUGGUCAGGGUGCCCCUAAAAGCCAAGGCUUGAUGAAUGGGGCACCCUAUACAUAAAGAAAUAUACAUAGCAUAAACAUGAGAUACAAACAAACUUAGUUAUAAAAAAUAAAAAGAUAAAAACAAAAAACUUCAAAACAUUAAGCACUAAACAUGCAGGUAAAGGGGAAAAGGAAAAGGCGAAAUAAGAAAACGUAGGGAGGAGAGAUGAAAUUACAUGUUUAUUUGACGUAGGUAGUUAUUAUUGAACGUUUUAGUUUGGUUUUAAAUGAAGUAACAUUAGUGCUGGAGAUCACAUCAGAAGGGAGGGAAUUCCAUAUUCGAGGACCAGCAGAUUUAAAUGCAAUAAGAGUCGAUUGAUUAUGUGCUAAUGGUAAAUGGAAUUUGGAGUGGGAACGGGUAUUAUAUUGGUAGUAGUCUUUAUUAUACUGAAAUAGAUUUGUUAUAUUAAGAGGUGCUAAAUUAUGUUUCACGUAAUACAUCAGGAUCGCAAUUUGGAUUUCAUGAAUAUCAAUGUGUCAAUGUGUUUAAUCUUGCAAAUAAUGGGCGUGACGGAGCUAAGUAAGGGGAAUUCGAACAUAUGCGUAAAGCCUUUUUUUGCAGUCUAUGUAAAGGGGUCAAUUUCGAAGUGCCACAACUUGCCCAAGUAAUAUUGCCAUAAUAAAUAUAGGGAAGUAUUAACGAGUUGUAAAGCAUUAACAGGUGCUUUUCUUUAAGGGUACUACGUAAUUUAGAUAAUAUACCUAUGUUUUUUGACAUCUUAUUACUUAUAAAAAAACGGUGUUCCUUAAAUGAUAGAUUAUCAUCAAGUAUAAAUCCUAGGAAUUUGACAGAGUUAACAAGAUUUAAAGUAAGAUCUUUCAUUUUUAUAUGAAAAUCUAAAGAAUUGUGUGAUACAUGAGGUUUUCUAAAAUACAUAACAUUAGUUUUCUCAUAAUUAACAAUCAGUUUGUUAGCAUCGAACCAAUCGGCUAUUUUACAUAUUUCAGUAUUGUUUUUUUCUAACAAAAAAAUGAAAUUGCUAUAGGUGGAAAUGAUAGUUGUGUCGUCUGCAAAUAAGACAUAAUCAAAAAAAGAAGACGCUGUACAUAAAUCAUUAAUAUAAAUUAGGAAGAGGAGCGGGCCCAGUAUGGAGCCUUGAGGGACACCAUACUGGGCUGUCGAGUAAUGGGAAUUAUAAUUAUUAAAUGAAGUAUAGUUACGUCGAUCAAGUAAGUAGCUCUGGAACCAUUCCCACACUGCUCCCCUGAUACCAUAAUGGGAUAAUUUAUAUAAAAGUAUGUUGUGGUCUAUGAGGUUGAAGGCUUUUGACAAGUCUAGAAAUAUACCAAAUUAGUGAAAAUUAUUAUGAAUAUUAGUUAAAAGAGUUUUAUCUAAAAAUCAAUUAAUGCAUGUUCACACGAAUGUCCUGCCCUGAAGUCAUAUUGACAAUUAUUUAAUAUUUUAUUUCUAUCCAAAUAAGAAAUUAGUCUUUUAUAAACAAUUUUUUCUAGGAUUUUGGAAAAACAUCGUAAUAAUGUAAUUGGUCGAUAAUUGGAAAAUAAGUGUUUAUCGCCUUUUUUAAAUACAGGAAUGAUCUUUCCAAUUGUCAGAUUAUUAGGUACUACUCCUGAACAUAAAGAUAGGUUAACUAUAUGGACUAGAGGGGUUAAUAUGGAAUAGAUUACUUUUUUUACAACAAAAGUAUUUAUAUCGUCAAAGCCAGUGCUAUAACUCAUUUUAUAUCUUUAACAAUUUUGAUGAUUUCUAAUUCAUUGGUUGGAUAAAAAUACAUAGAAGUUUGACAUGGAUUUUUAAGGUAGUGACUAAAUUUUUGUCUAGAAUCAUGACGAAUUUGUUUUAAGGUAUUUGCAGCAAUAUUAGAAAAGAAAUUGUCAAAUUCAUUUACUAUAUCUUCAUUUUUAUAUACUUUUACAUCAUUUUUCAUAAAAUAUAAUGGAAAGUUUUUUUUAUUUUUCUUACACAUUAAAUCGUUUAUAAUUUGCCAAACUUUCCUAAGGUUAUGCUUGUUCUUGGUUAACAAGUCACAAUAAUACUUUUUACGAGCUGUUCUUAGGAUUUCAUUUAAUUUGUUUCGAUAUAACAAUCAUAAAAUCUUAAAAAUCGUGUUCCAAACUGAAAUUUGUCCAUAUCUGGUUUGCCAUUUCCUGUACUCUCAUUCCUAGUUUACAUGCUUAAAUAAACACAUUGCGACUAUAAAUAUUACAAUUAUCUUUUAUUUUAUUCGAACAUAAUUUAUACAUGUAUAUUCAAUGAACAUACAUAUACCUAUUAAGGUGCUGAAAUCUCCCAAAAGUUCAAUACCGGUAUGUGAAAUGAUUGUGCACUUUGGGACCUGCAUGUACCAUUUGAAUAUUUGAUGUCUUAAUUUGUUUGUAUUUUUGUAAUAAAAUAGACUUAACUGUAAUGCUUCAA